GGAUCACUUUAUUCGCUUUUUUUUCUUUUUCUUUUUCUUUUUCCCCCACACUUGUGCUUUGGAAUCCACAGUCUCUAUAUACAUCUGUAAACCCCUUGCAUAAGUUGCAAUCGGUGUUUCAAUCCUCAUCGUCUCUCUCUAAAUCCGUCUAAAGAUUCCAACUUUGUUAGGGUUUUCGAAGAAGAAUAUGGACAAAAUCAGGAGAGCUUCGCACGCAGGUUCAUGGUACACCGACAAUCCCAAGAAAUUAGCAGAAGAACUUGAUGGAUGGCUCCGUGCAUCCGGUUUGGUAAAAUCUUCUGAUGUACGAGGGGUGAUUGCACCUCAUGCAGGCUAUUCAUAUUCAGGUCGUGCAGCAGCCUAUGCAUUUGGAAACAUAGACCCAGCAAGCAUUACUCGGGUGUUUCUUCUUGGUCCAUCUCACCACUAUUACACUCCAAAGUGUGCCCUUUCAAGAGCUACUGUUUACAAGACCCCAAUUGGGGAUCUACCUAUUGAUUUAGAAGUCAUUGAGGAGCUAAAAGCUACAGGAAAGUUUGAACUGAUGGAUCUUCAAGUUGAUGAGGCCGAACAUAGUAUGGAGAUGCACUUGCCAUAUCUUGCAAAAGUAUUUCAUGGGUACUCCGUUAAAGUUGUUCCCAUUUUGGUUGGUGCUGUCAGUGCCGAAAAUGAAGCCAUGUAUGGAGAGUUGUUAGCCAAAUAUGUGGAUGACUCAAAUAAUUUCUUUUCUGUAUCCUCGGAUUUUUGUCACUGGGGCUCUCGGUUUAACUUCAUGCAUUAUGACAAAAAGCAUGGAGCUAUCCACAGAUCAAUUGAGGCCUUGGACCGGAUGGGAAUGGAUAUAAUAGAAACAGGAGAUCCAGAUGCAUUCAAGCGAUACCUAUUGGAGUAUGAUAAUACCAUUUGUGGACGUCAUCCAAUCAGUGUUUUCCUCCAUAUGUUGAAGAACUCUUCGACGAAGAUGAAGAUAAAAUUCCUUCGAUAUGAACAGUCAAGCCAAUGCAAAAGCAUGAGAGACAGCAGUGUAAGUUAUGCAUCUGCUGUGUCAAAGGUGGAUGCUUGAAUUUGUUUUGAAAUUUAUAUUUAUGUAUUUAAGGUUCUUCUACAGCAGUGGAAGUUUUAUGGAUUUCGACUUUCUGAAAUUGACUGUAAAUGCUAGUAACUUUGUUAUUACUGUACUAAUGAGUAACCCAAACCAAAUCACUUUGGGUUGCCUCAUAAAAAUUCAUCUUUGGAUUUUCUUUAUAUUCUGCCUGAAUUUCCAUCA